AUGCAGGUGAGGCCGCUCCCUGAUCUCGCUCGUGAGCUUCACGCUUCCCAAGUGCGGGUCGUGGUUCGCGCGCUGCAAGAGCUCUGGGUAGAGCACGGCGCUCUCGGUGACUGUUCUGCAACCGCCGAAGAUCUUGCUGCUAUUCUAGUAGAAGAGAUAGGUGCUCGCGAUGUCGAUUUUGAUGUGGAAACGUUGGAAUCAGAGAGCGCUGGUAGCGCGGACGUCGACUCGGACGAGCUGCUCGAGGGCCUUCGCGCGCUCCGCGAAGCCAAACGAAAGGUUGCACUAGCGAAACAAGGGGAAGAGCGUUCCUUAGAAAACGUUGAUGCUGAGCAUUUUUCAGAGCGAGCCGAAGAGCUCGUGGUAUUCCUUCUAAACGAAGUCAGUCGCGAACGUCUUGGUCACUCGCUGGCAAAGAGGAGCGCUUUGGAGACCCAGCGUGCUGAGAGCGGAGUCCCAGCGGACGCGCACCAAACUCACCGGGCAGGCCAUGCGUUCUUCAAUCUUGUCCUAGCUCUCUACACCGCUGUGAUGCUCAGAAGUGAGCGCUCAAAGACGAGGCAUCUCGGCUGUCUGCUGCUCGCACGACUGCCAGUACGGGCAGCAAUGACCGCCCUGGCGCUUGACCGAGGCAAGGUCGUUGCGAUUCUGCUUCGAGAACACAGCUUUCUGCGCAAGGCGGCAGCAAGAGCGUUGAGUACGCUCCUACUGCGGUUCGUGGAUGUCGUGUCUGGCGCAAAUGCGGCAAAGCCUAGUCAGUUCGAGGACGUCGACUCGAUAUGGCUGCGACGAUUGCGCUAUGAUCAACACUUCUUACGGACGCUUGCAACUGUGUUUCGCGGUCUCGUCAUCGCGCUCGAAGACCCAGAUGAUGAGGUCUUCGCCGAAUCCCUCCUCGGACUUGUGCGUUUGUGUCGAGGUCGACCAGAGGGAGCGGAAAGCGCGCGAUCUCCCCUGGGGCUCCAUUGUUUCGAGAUUCUGGAUGCGUCUGGUGCCGCGAUUAUUGCCCGCUUUUAUCAAACAUCGGACCCUGAGCUGAAAAGCACGAUAUUGAGAGAGCUCCCUGGUUUUAUCGCACUGAGCCUUGACCGCCACAAGCAGGGCAGCAAUGCUGCCGGAAAGACAGCACCGCGCGCUGCACCACCACAGACCAAAAGGAAGGUCUCGUGUGCGGUCGAUCCCGGAGCAGGCCCAGCGCCGGAGGCCGACGAUCUCUGGGCGCUAUCUUUCGUGAGAGAGUUCUGCAUGCCCAUGUUGAAGCUGGAGCGGAACCUCGUGCGUCUUGAGGAUGAGGCAGCUGCUGAGACAAACGCGUCGCAUGGCAGCGGAUCCCAGCCCAAAUCGCAUCGCCACACGAAAGCUACGGAACGGAACGAGUCCGUCUGGCGGGCUGUAGUUGUAUUUCUUCUGGAGUUGGCGUGCCUGACUCGCAACAGGGACGUCCAGGAUUUGCUUGCCUCGGAACUUCCAGCAUUGCAGGUAGCACUGUCUCAGCGGGAACUCUCCUCAGGUCUGUCUGCGUACCUUUUUCGCAGUCUGCUUUCGGCGUCGAUGGAGCUCUUGCCUACCCCAGAGGGCCAGUACCGAUUUCUGUUGAAGGAGCUGGAGCUGUGGCCAAGACGACCGCGUUCGUGUCAAACUCGAGCGAAUUUGAUGCUCCUGGUCUCCCUAACCAUGGAUUGCGCCUAUCGCUUUCCCUCUGGGCGCGUUGAAAACGGAGCACCUUUUGGCGCUUCGGCCAGCGCCUUCACGGAUGUACCCAGUAUCUGCCGAGCGCUGUUCCCGCCACUUCGGAGGAACCUCCUGGACAGUCACCUUGUUCGUGAAUCAGACUGGAAUCGUCUCCGGGACACCCUGUUCUGCGCAAUGACCGUGGUUUGCGCGAGACUACAUACUUCGCUCUGCGGUACGGGGCAACAGGCAUUCGAUACCAAUCGGGCACAUACGAACCCUUCAGGUCAACAGGUUGACCUGCUGUCAGAGGCUCGCUGCCAUGAGCUCACCACAACUCUCCAUUUCCUGAGCAAUUUUCGCGAGAUUGUUUUUCGUUACCACGGGCUGAGUGCUCAGUACGGUGAUUUCAUGGCAGCGCUGAUAUGUUUGGCUCUGCAGGCCGUCUUCUACCAGCGCGGCGUGCCGUUGGCGCUCCAGCAAGUCGCCAUUGGCUUCAUGACGGAGACGCUUCGUGACUGCGCAAGGCACGUGGCCUCGCCGACUGCUCUGAAAAUCUUCUCUCGAGGCAUAUGCUGUGCUCUGCCCUUACUGCCACCAUUCGAGGCAGAAAACGAGUUGUAUGAUAUGCUGGUGAUUUUCCUUGAGCAGGCAGUGGCUCGUGCCUCAGCGCUUCCGGUGCAACGUCGAGUCUGGAGAUCGUCGACAGGCGUGCUCCGUUUUGAGACUUGUGCUCCCGUCCGAGCAUGGCAAAGCGCCGAAACUGUCGAAUUAAGCGGUUCCGCCCUGUCUCCCGAUGAAAACAAGACAGGCGCGGGAGACCCACUGCUGCAGAUGCUCCUUGAUGCUGGUCAAAGCCCGCAGAUGCUACUCAGAAAAGCCACAAGCGGCGCAACGGCACCGAAUGCGAACCCUGGUGAGCGCAAAGUGCACGCCGCGCGGCACUCGAUUCCGAGUUUACUGCUUGACUCGGACGAGGAAACAAAUCUCGAGGAGAAGAACCCUGCAGACGAGAGGCAGGUACCGCUGCGUACGCUGAUAUCCGAAGCAGCCCCAAUGCUCUACGACACCCAAACCGGCACCGAAUAUGCGGAAUUCGUACGGCGAACGAACCUCGAGCUCAUCGGAUCUAUUUUCGAGAUGCAGAAGCGCUUUCCGGGAGCGAACUCGCGGGCGCUACGAACGUAUGUGCAGCUAGCUGUACUGCAGAUUGAGCUCUUAGCAGAGAGUCCCAGUCGAGCCUACCGUGAUGACGUUUUUCUUGAUGUGGCCGCAGCAGCUGACAGCCAGUUGCGUUUCCUGCGCAUUGGGGAAUACGCUACCCCUGAAUCCCGGGAUGCACUCCUGCGGCGAGUCGCUACCAAGGAUGACACUCAACUGCAAGCGUUCCUAAUUGUGAAUGGCGGUCAGGCACGUCCGCUUGUCGCAGCGCAUAUCACGGAUGCUGUGGUGGACGUAGUGCGCGCGCUGUUACUCCACGAGCACCUCUUGAUGCAAUGUGUUCCUGAUGCCCUACGCAAGGCGACCGUCUCGGAAGUGAAUGGGCUGGAACGGAGCUGGGUCACGCGCCAGCCGUCCGUCGCUGCGUUUAUAGAACGUUUCCUGGCAUUCGUUUGGCCGCGCGUAUCGACUGGUCCAGCACCAGGGACACCUGCGCCAGCCGUACAACUCUGCGGUGACCAUGGGCCGCUGCGCAUUCAGGCGCACUAUACUCUGGAUCAUCGAGCAGGUCUUGUGCGUUUGGUCCUUGAUGUUGAGUAUCAAGAGGAUGCUUGCGGUUUUGCGGAUAUUCGCAUCGGUUUCUGCGGAGACGGUGAUUCGAGCGAUUCCAGCGACACAGCAUCCUCGGCAAGCGCUGACGCUGUGAAAUCGCCAGCCGACGCUGGCUGGCUGCAGGUCCCCGAACAGUACCAGUAUCGAUUCUUCCUGCGGCAAAGUGCUACGUUGCAGGUGCCGCUUCCCUUGCGCCGUGGUGUCUACUACGUCGAACCGAUUCGGGUUCGAGUCUGGUGGCGUCCGUGUGAUAGCCUCGCGAACAUGUUCGUGACCGAGUCGUCGAAUGGAACGGACGCUGCAGUGCCCGUUGUUGGUGUCGAUGAUUAUCAAACUCGAGCUGCUGCCGCUGUGGCAGUUUGGCAAUGCAGGACAGCGAUGCCGAUGGCGCUCGGUGAAGUACCUGUAACGCCGUCGCGCUUACUCCUGUUUUCUCCAUUGGACACGGGUACGGGUGCGUCGUCCCUUGAGUUUUGCUACGGACUCUGGGAUCGCUGUCCGGCUGGGCGGGCUGCGGCCAUGGCGCCCGCCGAAACCUCUCUGCCAGCAGUGUCGCGCUCCUAUCUAUGGGUCCAUUACCUGCUCAGAUUUCUGGAGACCACCUUCAGUUUCAGAACCAUGGCGAAAGCUCCAGACUCUGAGCCACAAUACGCGGUCUUGUACGCUCGUUCUCGAGUGCACGGGUACAGCGUUCUGAUGCGCCUGGAGGCACCGCUGGACACAGCCUUGCAAGGCACAGGGUCACCGCGCGAUUUAGAGCCCGGGAUGCGACCGUGGAUACUGAUGCAUCUGCGCUCUGAGGAUGCGCUCUUUCUCGACGUAUUCUAUGGUCAUUUGGUGAAUGCGCUACGGCACUGGGAGCUACCUCUCGACGUCCGGGAACACGACGAGCGCUCCAUCAUGAGCUGA